AUGGAUUCGGAAACGGCCUCAUCGAGCAGUGCAUCGUCGGUGGUGGGUUACUGUCUCUUUGCGGCCGACACACAUCGGGGGCGUUCCGGUAGCAUUACAAUGAUGGACGGUAUGAGCGUAUGGUCCCCGAUGGACACCGGCUCGGAUCAGCAGCACAGCGAUCGUGCUGCAGAUUUUGACUACAACGAGAACAAAGUUACCGUGAGCUUUUGUACCAACGCCAUCAUGGCCGAUGCUGUCGAACAGCUGACGGUGAAGGAAUCGGACUGUCAGAUGCAGCUAAUGACGAAGCCGAGUGAGGUGGCGGUGGUGGUUGACACACCGAACAACCGUGUCCGGAUGGCACUGGGUGUCCUGAUCCGACUGAUGCUACCGGUAACGCAUGGUGUCGCACGUGGCUGGAAAGGGCUUCGCGGUCUCAGUGUGCUGGCAUUGCUCCGGAAAGUUCGCGAAAGUCAUGGCCUCUUGACGACACUGUUCGCUGUGGCUGCCAACACCGUAUCGAUGAGUCUGUCCUCGGUUCAAGUGGCACACCGCAUCGAUCCCCUUCUUCGGGUGAUUAAGCUGCGAAAGGACUCAACCUCACCAGCGAUUGCAAUCAAACCGGGAGCACCAACUUUACCUGACACACAGGCACUAGCAGCAGUACGGAUACCGCGCCACCUGCCGGACCGUUGUGUUGAUUUAGUGGUACUCGCUGAACCACCACCGGGCGUACCUAUUCGUGCCGAUAUUGUGCUCAUCCACGGGCUGCACGGUUCACUCGUCAACACCUGGAAGCAAGGCCUGUGGAACAGUGAAGGGCGUCUGGUAAACUUCGAACGACCUCCGAAGCCUCCACUCCGACCGCCGAAAAGGCAACGCCAUUCAAGGGCAAACUUGUUCGCUCCACCGCACGUGUCCAAGCGCCCAAAGUACGAUUCCCCAACCGCGGAUGGUCUGGAUGGUCAUGGUAACGCCGAGGUAAACAGCCGGCAGGACCCGUACGAUGAGUCUCGGUCAACUUCGUACGAGUUUGCUCAACGACGCUAUACGUACGAAUGUGGCGAACCGGACGAGGUACACUUUGCGGACGAUGUAGAGUACAGCUUUCCCACGUUCCGGUUGCGCAUAGAGGAAGAGCACGGCCAUAAGCCUUCGACGAUCGAUGAGGGAACAUCAGCAUCGCCUGGAGGUAAAAGAAAACUCCCGAAACCCACCAAGGAUGCAAACUGGUCACCGUGCUGGCCUGGUGAUUGGCUUCCGCUUGACUGUCCUGGAGUGCGUGUAAUCGCCGUCAACUAUACCACCGACCCGUACCUUUGGCGACCGGUUUGGAUUACCAAAAGGAAUCGAUCAAAUCUGGUCGAUCGUGCUCGGGAAAUGAGUGAUCUACUGAUAGCUAAAGGUGUCGGCCGAGGUCAUCCAAUAGUUUGGGUGGGCCAUUCGAAGGGUGGCAUCUUCAUCAAGCAGAUACUGGUGGAUGCGUGGGAAAGUGGUCGUCCUGCAGCAGAACCACUGUGGCGAUCGUCGCGCGGUACCUUCUUCUACUCCGUGCCGCAUCGGGGAUCUCCACUGGCAGAUUUCAAUUUGCCUCUGCUGCGUCAAUCGGUGGAGUUGCUUGAAAUACAGAAAAAUUGUUCCAGUAUUCUGGAGCUACACAGCCGCUUCGUUGCCCUGUACCACAGCGGCCAGCUGAAGAUAGACGUGUUUAGCUUCGUCGAAACGGCCAUGACGCUCAUGUCCGUACUGUACCUGCGCAUCGUCGGGAUUGAUUCUGCUGAUCCCGGCAUCGGUGAGGUCUGUGGAGUGCAUUUGGAUCAUCGAGAAAUAUGCAAACCACGCAGCCGUAACUGCAUCCUCUACACCGAGUUGGUCAAAAUGAUCAAUCGCGUGAGUUGAAGCCAAAGACAGGGUGAUACGGAGCAGUACAGGAAGCUAUCGCAGUCUAAUAUGUACAUAAUCUAGACAGUAUAAGUUGUCCAACGAAAAACAAAAAUGCUACCCACG